AUGAGCAGCGAAAUUCAACCAAGUGAUAUUUUCACGCAACCAUCGCAGGUGUUGUACUUCAACGGACCCUUUAACGACAGCAAAAACGUCCCAUUGCGUAUAACGAACAAAGGAAUGGGACGGAUUGUGUGGGCGAUGAAAUGUACGAAUCUGAAGCGGCUCACCAUUUAUCCACCGGUCGGAGUGCUGGAUCCCAAAGAAUCGGUAUCCCUGAGCAUUGGAUGUGAUCCAUUCGACAGUCAACUGGGAAUCACAGAGCGCGACACCAUCACCGUCGAGUGGACAGCCGCUCCGGGAGACGGUCCAAAGAAAUUCGAUCAAGAAUACUUCAAUGCUGACGGCAUUAUAAGGAGAAAGCACCUGCAGGUUGCGUACAAUGCAUGA